UCCCCAGCAAGCUUGGCGUGUAGCGUUCAGUAUGGACCCUCAAGUCGCAGAUCUGAAGCAGAAAAUUGAGACCACGUUGUCACCUUUUGGCUUCGAGGUUUACCCCUUCCAGGUGGCAUGGUACAAUGCACUCCUACCUCCGGCCUUCCACCUACCUCUGCCAGGACCUACCCUGGCCUUCCUGGUACUCAGCACACCUGCCAUGUUUGACAAGGCCCUCAAGCCCUUCCUGCAGAGCUGCCACCUCCAAUCACUGACUGACCCUGUGGACCAGUGUGUGGCCUACCAUCUGGACCGUGUUAGAGAGAGCCUCCCAGAGCUGCAGAUGGAAGUCAUCGCUGACUACGAGGUACAUCCUAACCGGCGCCCCAAGAUUCUGGCCCAGACAGCAGCCCAUGUGGCAGGGGCUGCUUACUACUACCAACGACAGGAUGUAGAGGCUGACCCCUGGGGAACCCAGCAUAUAUCAGGUGUGUGCAUACAUCCCCGAUUUGGGGGCUGGUUUGCCAUUCGAGGGGUAGUGCUGCUGCCAGGAGUAGAGGUGCCAGAUCUGCCACCCACUAAACCACUCGACUCUGUACCAACAAGAGCUGACCGAAUUGCCCUGCUUGAAGGCUUCAAUUUUCAUUGGCGUGACUGGACAUACAGGGAUGCUGUGACACCGCAGGAGCGCUACUCUGAAGAGCAGAAGGCCUACUUUUCCACACCACCUGCCCAACGCUUGGCACUGUUGGGCUUGGCCCAACCCUCAGAGCAUCCUAGCUCUUCAUCCCCAGAUCUUCUCUUGACACUAAUACCCAACAAGCCUCAGAAUCCCAGAACCCAAGGUUGGUUCAGCCUCAGGACCUCACCACCUACAACUCCUGGUCCUUGAUAUCCCCUCCCCUCCCCUAUUCCCUGUGGGAUCCCUAUUUACACUAGUAGUACUUGCUAGGACUUUUGGCAAGGCAUAGAUUUUUAGGUAAAAGAUUACUUUUGAUAAAAGAAUGAUAGAGAUCUUCAAUGAAGAUAACAUGGCUCAGAGACAUUUUGUCAAGACAAGAACUCUAAGACCAAGGCAACUAUUUCAAUAGGGGGAGGAAAAAAGGCAGAAACAGAAUUCCCACCUAUUUGGGCAUGUGUAUGCUCUGUAGUGCUCCAAGAUGCUACGUGAUAAGAGUUUAGGGGCAGUAAUCCUCAAAGUAAUGGUACAAGGAAAUGUCUCUGGCCCUGGCUGGUAUGGCUUAGUGGAAUGAGUGCCAGCCUGAGAACCAAAAGGUGGUUGGUUCAAUUCCCAGUCAGGACACAUGCCUGGGUUAUAGGCCAGGCCCCCAGUUUGGGGUAUGCAGGAGGCAACCAAUCUGUAUUCUCUCCAUCUUUCUCCUUCCAACUAUAAAAACCUAAAAAAAGUGUCUCAGUGUUGUCUUAGGGACUGAUAUUUUAUUCUCAUUUGAGAGAGCAGGGGGGAGAAGUAUCAGACAUGAAGAGAAACCCUGACUAGACUAGCUGUCUCCUGCACUCACCCCAACUGGGGAGUGAUCCAGAAUUAAACCAGCGACCUUUCAAUUCUGGGAUGACAAUCCAACCAACUGAGCCAAGCUGGCCAGGACUGUAAUGCAUUUCAGAAACAAUGCUUAUCAUAAUAGUAUGCAGUGUGUCAUCUGUUAUUAAAGGCCCUGGGAAUCCUGUAUUGCUGUUCACAAUACAGAAUACUCAACAGGCUGUAGGCUGAGGGUAGCUGAUAAAGUCGUGUCUGGAAGAUCAUCACUACCAUACACUGAAGUAUCCUUCAUUCUGAAUCUGCCCUAACCACAAAGGCCCAGGAGUCACUCCAACCCUCACCACUAUCUCAUAACAAUGACAUGAGGGCCAAAAAAAAGGGCUACCCUCAAUGCAAGGCUAGAACCCAGGGAAAGUGACAAGUGUUUAACUCUAUGCUUUUGAUACCAAAUGUCCUACCCUACAAACACCAGCCCAGGUGCUAGGUCUUCUCCCCCUUUCAGUUCCAAAGGUACAGAGCCUCUAAUUCUGAUCUUUUACAGCACCAGUAAUAGGCUUUUAUCAGACGAAGCCAAGCUUCAGGUUCUCAUAAAGCUUUCCCAAUAGUGUAAAAGGUAAAUGCCCAAGAAAUCAAUGUCACUGAAGCUGUAACCUACAAUGCAGCCUAUAAAAUAAACUGAAGGACUAUGGCCAACACCACAGCAGGUCUUGCUCUUUUUCCAAAUAUAGUAGAAGAAAACGUUAAUAUCCUGGUUUAGUUCCAUUCCCUAUUUGCAUCUCCCCUCUAUAAUUUCCUGAUUCUGAA